GUUAUUUUCAUUUUUUCAAUCUUAUCAAUAAAAUACGUAGUAUAUUUUAAAUACAUUUUUCGUAAUUCAAUAGAUUCAAACAAUUCGUGACACAAAAUUUCAUCCAUUUUAGUAAAAACAACUAAUUCAACGAAUGGAAUCAAACAAGCAAGUCUUUCCUACUGUCCAAGGCCAUGCCUAUCUACUGCUGUAGCAGAGUGUAACAAUUGAGUAAUUGAGGUUUAAUGAAAAAUUCUUAGCUGUUUCUUUUUAUGCUUUUGGGGUUCUUUAUUACUCCACUCGUUUUCCUGAUGGAUGAGUUUAAACUGGUUGUCAGAUUUAUUUGAUGAAGUUCGGAAAGGAAUUCAAGGUACAUCUGGAGGAAACCCUCCCCGAAUGGAGGGACAAAUACCUGCGAUACAAGUACUUGAAGAAGCUACUCAAGUCCCUCCCUGCCCACUCCCCUUCCUCCUUGAAUCCGGUCGGCGACGGAACCGGUGGAGACAUUUUCCGUCCACCGCAGCCCACUGAGCUCCAUGACUGGUUCAUCAGAUUACUCGGUGAAGACCUCGAAAAGUUCAAUGAUUUCUAUGUCGAGCAAGAAGAGGAGUUCAUUAUUCGCUUUCAGGAACUGAAGGAAAGAAUUGAGAGAGUGAAGGAGAAGAGUGGAAGAGACGUAGCUUUCACAUCAGAGAGUGAGUUCAGUGAGGAAAUGAUGGAUAUACGCAAAGACUUUGUUGCUAUACAUGGACAGAUGGUCUUACUUCAGAAUUAUAGCUCCUUAAACUUUGCAGGUCUUGUAAAGAUCCUUAAGAAGUAUGAUAAGCGAACCGGGGAAUUGUUGCGCCUGCCUUUCACACAGUAUGCUGUUCACCAACCUUUCUUCACAACUGAACCUCUUACCAGAUUAGUUCGUGAGUGUGAGGCUAACCUUGAGCUUCUGUUUCCUUUAGAAGCAGAAGUUAUUGAGGAAAGUGCUCCUUCUGCCCCUGAUCAUCCGGAAGCUUCCUCUUCAAAUGCUUCAAACAUCUCCCGAGACACUAAAUUGCAGCUUGGGGAGAAAAACGUGGACAUAUAUAGGAGCACACUUGCUGCAAUAAGAGCCAUACAGGGUCUAAGGAAGGCAAGCUCAACUUCAAACCCAUUAUCAUUUUCAUCUCUUUUGGGGGAUGUUGAUAGUACAGGUUCAGUAACGGCAGAGAACUCUUCUGGCUCUGAUACCAUGUUUAGCUCUCGGGAUGAAGAAGAGACAAACCAGGUGGCCAAAGUUUCUCGUUCCCCUAAAUAGAAAACUCAUUUUGUUUUUUGGCUUUUAAAUUCUGACACAAUAUAUGAUUUCCUAGUAAUAAAUGAUAGCCAAUACAGUGUAACGUGAGGCCAAAAUCCUAGGGGGUGGCACACUAGUUUCUCUUUUCUUUUCGUUGAUUAAAUUUGUUGUGAAUGAAUAUAGAAUU